ACAAUGCCAUAACAUGACUGAAUACAACAAAUCCAAAGCUGUGAAUCUGAUAACUUCAGUAGAAAAAGAAAGUCUUGUAUCAAAAGAAAAAGCAAUAACAGCAGCAAUGGAACAUCUACUUCCUUCUCAUGGUAAAAUACCUUCAGACGAGAAGUCUACAGAAAAUAUGUAUACUGAGAUGUACUUACCAGCUGAAUCUACAAAUAAAUUGAUAUACAAAUCUGCAUAUUACGCUGGACUAUUACAAGUAGUUGAAGCAGAAGCACCAAAAAAGAAAGAACAUAUUUUAAAAGGGGUACACAAGUUACCCUUGCCACUACGGGAGGAGCGGACACACUACGUGAAAGCUUUCAGCACUGAAAAUAAUUUAUGGACUGCUAGACCCCAGCUUUACGCAAGACAUAAAGUAUAUUUUACUGUGUCUCAUAGAGGUAGCAAAUAUAAAGAGGUAAAAUCAGGAGUAGUUAAAUUAACCCCAAAACAAAAAAUAACAAAUUCAAAAGCCACUGACUUAGUACUACAUACAGGCAGAGUUCUGCAAGCCAAUGUAAGAAUGCCAUCUGAAAUAAAGUUACUAGAUAAAGUCCACCCUGAGAUUAAUCUCUUAUCUGAAUCGGCAACCUCUGCUACAAGAGGUAUACAUACAAAAUCUACAGAACCUUAUGUGCCUGAAACACACAUAUCCGCUAAAAGAGCCUCGGAAAAAUCAGUGAUCUCAGUUAAAGUAAAAAGAAAAACUACAUCAAGUAUAACGUCUAAGAAAUCAAAAAAAGCUAAAACAACUGAACUUGUAACACUCACCCAAACAAAAGAAAACCCACUAAAAGAAUUAACUGAUACUGGUCUACCCAUUCCCAACGAAAGAAUUUCUUCUGGCAAAACUUCAAUAACAAAAAAGCUAAACAAAAAUAAAGCUUACGGUAUUUUAACACCUAAAGUAGGUAAACCACCGCAGAAAGAAAAAGCAUUUCUCGGCCAAUCAACUGCUGGUCUUCGGCUAACAAUCGUAAAUAAACCUCCGUCAGUAAAAGCUUCGAUACAAAAGAGCAAAGAAGACAUUCGGUAUGUGCCUCUUUCGCCAAUAGAACGAUUGCAAAAAGAUUAUGCUGCUGGUAUAAUAACGCCAUUGAGCGGGAAAACUCCAUCAAUGAAAGAAAAAUAUGUUGAAAACUUGUUAACUUCAGCAUCAUCAGCACCAGAUUUACGGCUGCUACAAAAGCCAAAAUCGACAUGUUUGACAGAAAAUACUGAAAAACUGUGCGAGGCACAAACGUCCGGUCAUGUAACACAACUCGAGAAAAAAAUUCCAACACAAAACAUUCCUGGAAGUCUGGCUGGUACUAGACUGCCUCUACCGACAGGGAGAGUAGUUCCUCCUACUACAGAGAAAGUAUUGAUGGUAAAAAUAAAGCCUCGAAAAGAAUCUAAAGUGCCACUCAAGAUUAUCAAAGGAGUCGCUGGCUUACCUACUCCUAUGGAAGGUCAAACGUCAGCUUUUAGUGAAAAUAUUCUAAGAGGUCAAGGCGAAGCUGAAAUGCCCCUAACAAAAAGCAAUGCAUCAUGUGACCAUUCUCCAGUAUACAAAAUUAAAACUAAGUCAGUCACACCACAUGCAAAAACAUCAUGUGUACAGACAGAGUCGGAAGAAUUUUUAACGCCUUUUACUGGGAAACUUGAGAAAGAUCUGGUGAAAAAAACUGUGGCUGAGACAGGUUUACCGCAUAAUAAGGCAUAUGCAUAUACAUCAACUGAAAAAAUGAGAAAACAUAAAGUCAAGACAAAAAAGUUGGGUGUAAUAAGUGCAAAAAUGGCAAAAGCUUUUGAAAAACGAAUAGGAACUGAAGAAUUUCAAGUUACUGUCAAGACAACCUGCGAACGUGGCUGCGGUUGUGAUAAAAAGAAAAUUAAAUUUAAAAAUAGUUACAUUAAAAUUAAACCAGCAACUCCAGACAUAUCUUUCGGUGAUUGUUCUAAUAAGGAUGUUAACACUGAAAGUUUAAUAAAAAAUGGAGGCAUCCGGUUUACUAUAGGGACAGCUGUUGGUGUUCCUUCGUAUUCAAGAGACGCUUUAGUGAAUAACAUUUCACAAAAAGAAUUACUUGAUGAAAUAUAUUACAAAUAUGGAAGUGUUACUACUAGUAAAACAGGUGACGAAAUUUUAAAAAAUAACUUAAAACGUGUCACGCAAUUCUCAAAUAAAGAGUUUAACAUCCGUAACGAUGAAACUCAAUUAUCCGACGACCUUUUCAGUGAUCCUAAUACUGACUCAAAUACUGACGGCUCAAGCGACUCUUUGAAUAAAGGUCAGAUACCAAAAGUAAGUUUCAGUAACAGUCCCUCAAAAGAAUCUAUAAUAUGCAACGAGUACUUAGAUGUCAUACCAGCAUAUGCAAGGAGAAAUCGAUACGUAUACCAGAUUUUCAAAAUGUCUGAGAAUGAAGUAAAUCCAUUAUUUGAAAAUAAAUGUACACACAUGAAAAGGACUAGGAAUGGAGAACCCAUUGUAGUCAUAAAUCAUUUGAAUAGUGAUCGUGACAUAAUGACGAUAGUUGAUGAACUGUUGGCAAAAAACCAUUUCUCUGGAGUCUCCUCCAUAUUUGUUCUUGUACCUUCGGAAGACAACGAUGGUUCUUCAGAUUGUCUUAAGUCUACUAUUUACAAACCAGUAAUUGGAAAUCAAACUCGGGGAGGUGGUAAUAUUGACUCCUCGAUAGAUACCGAUUGUCAACGAAGAAUUUCGGCCACAACACACGGCUUAAACAUUUCCGCAAAGGGAAAGAAGUUCCUAAUGGAGAACUUGCCAACUACUGUACUAUCGUUUCAUAACAAGGAGACUAUGUUUGACUCCUUGAAGACAUGGACAUUUUCAAAAAGACAUAAAAACAAAUUGUGUCAGAUGACAACACCAUCACCAAAUGAGAGAGGGGCAAAUACGGAUAGAGACCUGGUGAAUACGGAAACAAAUGUUAAUCUGCCGUACUGCUGCUGUAUAAAUCACCACGAAUGCUCACAAUUCUGCACUUAUGAACCAAACCAACCUCAGAUGAAUGCUCCGAAUGAAAUGAAUGGACCAAAUGAAAUGAAUGGACCGAAUGAAAUGUGGAAUCAGGUCGCAUCGGUUAUUGUCAAUCACGGUAUGAAUGCUGAAUAUAGUGAUUCUUACUUUAUACCAAAGUUACAGUCACAGCCUAGAAAAUCGACCACAACACUGACUUUGUUCCGGACACAAGCCACGCUGUGUGAUACGCCACCGUGUAGUAAUCUGCCGCUGCGAAAUACUAUACCUCUACGUGAUUUGCCGCCAAGUAAAAAUUUACCGCCACCUAAUAAUAUGCCAACGAGUCGUGAAAGGCCACCAGGUCGCAAUUUACCGCCGCUUCAUGAAAUGCCACCGCUUCAUAAUAUGCAACCGUAUCAUGAUAUGCCACCGAGUCAUAGUACACCGCCGUUUCAUAAUAGACCGCCGUGUCAUAAUAUGCCACCGUGUAACGAAUUGCCUCCAUGUCAAGAAACGCCACCAUGUCCACCAUGUCAAAAUACGCCGCCGUGUCAUGAAAUCCCACCGUGUCAUAAUAGACCGCCGUGUCAUAGUACUCCACCGUGUCGUAAUAUGCCACCGUGUAACGAAAUGCCACCAUGUCAAGAAAAGCCACCGUGUCAAAACACGCCACCGUGUCAUGACAUCCCACCGUAUCAUUAUAUGCCACCGUGUAACGUAAAACCACCACGUCAAGAAACACCACGUCAAGAAACACCACCAUGUCAAGAAACGCCACCGUGUCAAAAUGCGCCGCCAUGUUAUGAAAUUCCACCGCGUUAUAAUACACCACCGUGUCAUAAUAUGCCCCCGUGUCACGAAUUACCACCGUGUCAUAAUAUGCCACCGUGUCUUAAUAUGCCACCGUGCCAAGAAAUGCCACCGUGUCAAAAUACAGCGCCGUGUCAUAAUAUGCCACCAUGUCAUAGUACACCGCCGUGUCAUAAUAUACCACCGUGUCAAGAAACGCCGCCAUGUCAAGAAACGCUGCCAUGUUAUAAUCCACCACCAUGUCACGAUUUGUCCACGCCGCCGUGUUCAUCUGAUAAUCACCAUUGUAACGAAACUACCACAUGUUCAGAGGUAAAACCAUGUGAGUGCAAUACAGAAAGGUUAAAGGAAUUGCUAGAGCAAGCGCUCGGUACAGUAAUGUCACAGAAUAUGAAGUCAGUUAGUAUCAGAGAUCACAGAGACACUGAGACACAGACACUCAAACAUCCUUCUAGUACUGCAGUACUAGAAGCAGCUGCAGCUGUAGCCACGAAAACUGAAGGAAAAGUAGAAAAUUGUGCCACUUGUCAUCGUCCUCCUAAUGUCGACGAAUGUGGUUGUGAUCGAAGAAAGAAACGAAUAAAACUCAAAUCAGUGUGUCCAUGCGAAGCAUACCAGAGAGCGCGACCACGAAAUACACGUGUUCAAUCGCCCGAUGCAAGUGGCUUAAUUCCAAUUCGCCAACCAGGACAGACACAGAUAAUAGGGCCAGCAGGAGAGUCAGGACAGCAAGCCGAAACUGGAAAAAUUUAUACCCAAGCGGGAAACAAACAAGCUAUAAACACCACGACAAUCGGUACUUCAACCGACCACGAUUUAGAUUAUAAGAGCAAACGUAUAAAGAAAACAAAAAACGUCAUAUGUGAAUGUCCAAUAGAAGUAUCUGAACGCGAACUAAAGCCAGAACCAAAACCAGCUCCAGAAUCAAGCCCAAAGCCAGAGACAAAUCAAUUUGAAUGGGUUGACGCAAGAGAAGUAAAGAAAAUUAAGUCGAAUUUAACGCAUAGAAUUUCAGGAUUUACAAUGCAGGCAAAACCACAUCCGCCUUCAACAGAUGAAGAAAGCACAGUAGAUGACGCGCUUAAACAUUACGCAGCUGCUUACCCAGAAGUGUUUGAGCGUAUUGUUAAAGAACAAUUGUCAAAACAGCAAUCACAACCUCCACCGCCUUCACUAGAAACCGAUAACCGACCGACCAAUGAAAAAUCGUUGGUAAAUAUUAUAAAAAUUUCAAAAAAACCAAAAACAAAAGUCUACUGCGAGUGGCCUGAAGGAGUCCCACUUCUGCCUUUACAUUCAGUUAAAGCAUUACCGCCCUAUCCUCUAGAAGAAACGUCUCCCUUACCAAUGCCUCUUUCCUCACACUCAGAAUCUACAUUAUCAGAAAGUCAGUACAGUAAGGGUCCCGUCAGAUGUUUAAAGUUUAAAAUACCAAUCAAAGGUACCGGUUCGCCGGUUCUCGCAGAUGUUUAUUACUACGAUUUACUUCAGGACUCAUUUACAACUUGGUGACGUCUUCAACCGC